AUGGCAGUGAAAGAAGAAGCAGUACUUCCGGGACCUUCCGGCUUUGGAGCAGUGUCCCGACCUGAGCCAAAAACCAUGCCAGGAACUAGGGGCUCACUUCCUUUUGGCUCGUCAGCCAAGGCUCCACCACAGGGAGUGCCUCACGCCGAGCCGACAGCAGAGUCAGGUUCAGACAUUUCACCACUACUCCUGCAGACGUGCAAGGCCAAGGCUGCUUCGGAAGCUCCACUGGCACGAGCACAGUCCAAGGUGAGCGGUUUGUGGGCAAAGGCACGGCCCAUAGCAGUCAAGCCCCGCCCUCUGGCUGUGAAGUCUUGUCCUGCGCCAGCUUCGGCUUUUGCGGCUUCCCCUGUCAGAGACCUCACCAGCGCUGAAUGCUCCUCUGCCGAGGCCAGCUCGGGGAAGGUGGCUGCGCCGGCAAUGCCUGCGGUGCCUACGGCGGUUGACUGGAAUGCAGUUCGUGAAGCACAGCUUCUAGGAUUCUAG